AUGCCCAAUUACAUGAAAUUCAUGAAAGAUAUACUAUCGAAGAAGUGCCAAUUGGGAGAGUUUGAGACUGUUGCUCUUACUGAAGGGUGCACAACAAUGUUGAUAAAUAAGCUGCCUUCAAAGUUAAAAGACCGAGGGAGUUUUACAAUCCCAUGUUCAAUUGGAAAUAAUUAUGUAGGAAAAGCAUUAUGUGAUCUAAGCACAAGUAUAAAUCUAAUGCCUAUGUAUAUUUUUAGGAAACUAGGAAUUGGGAAGGCAAGACCUACUAGUGUUACGUUGCAACUGGCUGAUCGAUCUUACGCCCAUUCAGAAGAUUUUCUUAUCUUAGAAUGUGAAGCUGACCAUGGUGUACAUAUUAUUCUUAGAAGACCAUUUCUUACUAUUGGCAGAACCCUAGUUGAUGUACAGAAAGAUGAGAAUGAGGAGUGUCAAACCAUUGGCUUCAUAGAAGCAGAAGUGGACGAAUUUGCAAAAUUUUGCUACAGCAAUUCUGACAGUGAAGACAAUUUGAUAGAGUAA